CUCACUCUCUCCCCAUCCUCUGGCUCUCUUAUUCCCAAGGAUCCGAGAGUUUGUUGGGUAUUUCUUAGGGUAGACUGUAGAGGCUUGGUUGUGUUGCUCCUCCACCGCCUCUUUCACUCUCUCUCUCUCUCCGUGUUCUCUCCCUGAUAAAUAAAAUGUUGGUAGACAGAGAGGUAUAGUCUAAAUCUAUUUUCUAUUUCUGGAGGGGAAAAAAGAAGAGAAACUAUCGAUUCCUAGAGAAUUCCAACUUUCGAGACGACGACAACCACCACCACCACCGCCACCGCCACCGCCACCGCCGCCGCCGCUACCGUCGCCUUCCUUACUGUAAUCCCCCUUCCCCUUAACGGGAGGAGGAGGGAUGGGCAGAAUGCAGCCCCACGCCCUUAUCCUGUUGCUGUCUCCCAUCCUACUUCCCUGCUGCGGAGCGACGCACAGACUUGCAGGUGCAGAUGACCAUUCCAAAACCGAAAUCAAGCUGGAGGGGAGAGGGGCAGGAGGCUUGGAUCCAUUCUGUAAGGAGGCCAAUGGUCUCUUCCCUCACGAGUGGAACUGCGGCCAAUUCAUCACGUGUGCUAAUGGUCGCGGGUGUCUUCAGAACUGUCCCCAAAGAACACUAUUCAACAGAGAUCUGAAAAUUUGCGUCUGGGCAGAUCAGGUGCAAUGCACGCCAAAGAAGGGGACCAUUCCUGCCUCCUGGCCGCCCCUUGAAGAGUGUGCGGGGUUAGGCUCGCAGGUACAGCCCACGCACAGCCCCCAACAAUGGCCACCGAAAAGUCCCACGCACAGCCCACACACCGCAAAGCCACCUGGCAGGCCCCCGACACGCCCUCCUUUCCCCAUCACUCUGCCCCCGCCAACAACCCCCGCCCCCAUCUCCCCAAUCACGCCCUACCCAUGUAGCUGUCCCAUCAUCAUUCCCCAUCCAUACCCACACCCACACCCACACCCUCACCCACACCCAUAUCCAGGACAGCCAGGACAACCUGGAAAGCCAGGCCAACCAGGCCAAUCAGGACAGCCAGGACAACCAGGACAGCCGGGACAACCAGGACAGCCAGGACAGCCGGGACAACCAGGAAAGCCGGGACAACCAGGACAGCCGGGACAACCAGGACAGCCAGGAAAACCAGGCCAACCAGGAGACCCAGAACAACCAGGAGAGCCAGGACAACCAGGCCCGCCAGGUCAGCCAGGACAGCCAGGGCAACCAGGACAGCCGGGACAACCAGGACAGCCGGGACAACCAGGACAACCAGGCCAGCCAGGACAACCAGGAUACCCAGGCCAGCCGGGACAACCAGGACAACCAGGACAACCAGGCCAGCCAGGACAACCAGGACAGCCAGGACAACCAGGAUACCCAGGCCAGCCGGGACAACCAGGACAACCAGGCCAGCCAGGACAACCAGGACAACCAGAAAAACCCAUAGUAUUCCCAUAUCCUUACCCACAUCCCCAUCCUCACCCACAACCAGGACAACCAGGGCAGCCAGGACAACCAGGACAGUCUGAACAACCAGGACAACCAGGCCAGCCAGGACAACCAGGACAGUCAGGCCAGCCAGGCCAGCCAGGACAACCAGGGCAACCGGGACAGCCAGGACAACCAGGACAACCGGGACAGCCAGGACAACCAGGGCAGCCAGGAUACCCAGGACAGUCUGAACAACCAGAACAACCAGGACAACCAGGCCAGCCAGGACAACCAGGACAGCCAGGCCAGCCAGGACAACCAGGACAACCAGGCCAGCCAGGACAACCAGGCCAGCCAGGACAACCAGGACAGCCGGGACAGCCAGGACAGCCAGGACAACCAGGCCAGCCAGGACAACCAGGCCAGCCUGAACAACCAGGCCAGCCAGGACAACCAGGACAACCGGGACAGCCAGGACAGCCAGGACAACCAGGCCAGCCUGAGCAACCAGGACAACCAGGCCAGCCAGGACAACCAGGACAACCGGGACAACCAGGACAACCGGGACAGCCAGGACAGCCAGGCCAGCCAGGACAACCAGGACAACCAGGCCAGCCAGGACAACCAGGGCAGCCAGGACAACCAGGGCAGCCAGGACAACCAGGACAGCCAGGACAACCAGGGCAACCAGGACAACCAGAAAAACCCAUAGUAUUCCCACAUCCUUACCCUCAACCAGGACAACCAGGACAGCCAGGACAGCCGGGACAACCAGGACAACCAGGAGAGCCGGGACAACCAGGACAACCAGGAGAGCCGGGACAACCAGGACAACCAGGGCAACCAGGACAACCAGAAAAACCCAUAGUAUUCCCACAUCCUUACCCACAUCCCCAUCCUUACCCUCAACCAGGACAACCAGGCCAGCCAGGCCAGCCAGGACAACCUGGACAGCCAAGCCAGCCAGGACAACCAGGCCAGCCAGGACAACCAGGACAACCAGGCCAGCCAGGACAACCGGGACAGCCAAGCCAGCCAGGACAACCAGGACAACCAGGUCAGCCAGGAAAGCCAGGACAGCCAGGACAACCAGGACAGCCAGGACAACCAGGCCAGCCAGGACAACCAGGACAACCAGGUCAGCCAGGAAAGCCAGGACAGCCAGGACAACCAGGACAGCCAGGCCAGCCAGGACAACCUAUAGUAUUACCAUACCCUUAUCCACAUCCCCAUCCUUACCCACAACCAGGACAACCAGGAAAACCAGGAAAGCCAGGACUGCCAGGCCAGCCAGGACAGCCAGGCAAGCCAGGACAACCAGGACAGCCAGGAAAACCCAUAGUAUUCCCAUAUCCUCACCCACAUCCUCAUCCUUACCCACAACCAGGCCAGCCAGGACAACCAGCCCAGCCAGGCCAGCCAGGACAACCAGGACAACCAGCCCAACCAGGCCAGCCAGGACAACCAGGCCAGCCAGGACAACCAGGGCAGCCAGGACAACCAGGAAAACCCAUAGCAUUCCCAUAUCCUUACCCACAUCCCCAUCCUUACCCACAACCAGGACAACCAGGACAACCAGGUCAGCCAGGACAGCCAGGACAACCAGGACAACCAGGUCAGCCAGGACAACCAGGACAACCAGGCCAGCCAGGACAACCAGGCCAGCCAGGACAACCAGGUCAGCCAGGACAGCCAGGGCAACCAGGAAAACCUAUAGUAUUCCCCUAUCCUUACCCACAUCCCCAUCCUUACCCACAACCAGGCCAGCCAGGACAACCAGGACAGCCAGGACAGCCAGGACAACCAGGACAACCAGGCCAGCCAGGACAACCAGGACAACCAGGCCAGCCAGGACAACCAGGACAGCCAGGACAACCAGGACAACCAGGCCAGCCAGGACAACCAGGACAACCAGGAAAACCUAUAGUAUUCCCCUAUCCUUACCCACAUCCCCAUCCUUACCCACAACCAGGCCAGCCAGGACAACCAGGACAACCAGGACAGCCAGGACAACCAGGACAACCAGGCCAGCCAGGACAACCAGGACAACCAGGCCAGCCAGGACAACCAGGACAACCAGGACAGCCAGGACAACCAGGACAACCAGGCCAGCCAGGACAACCAGGACAACCAGGCCAGCCAGGACAACCAGGACAGCCAGGGCAACCAGGAAAACCUAUAGUAUUCCCCUAUCCUUACCCACAACCAGGACAGCCAGGACAACCAGGCCAACCAGGACAACCAGGGCAACCAGGACAACCCGGCCAGCCAGGACAACCAGGACAACCAGGCCAGCCAGGAAAGCCAGGACAACCAGGACAAGUAGUCAUUUUACCUUACCCACAUCCACACCCACAACCAGGACAACCACAACCCCAUCCACACCCCAUGCCCUUCCCACAGCCAGGGGAAUCCAUCACACCACACCCACCACGGCCACACAUUCCUACCCCGACUCCCUCGCCACACCAGCCAGGACACCCCGCUCCCCCACCGUCCAUCAUCACACCCCCUCACUCACCCACCUCUCCCUCACACCAGCCGCAACAGCCCCACCCUUCAGACCGCCCCACCCACCCCACCCGUCCACCCAUAGACACUCUGCCAGGGAGCGAGAGCGAGGACGAGAGUAAGGAGUGCUGUCGCUGCGAGGAUGACGAGGACAACAAAAACGAUGAGAGAAAUAAGGAUAAACCCAACAAGAACACUAGUAAUGAGGACAAGUCAAAUGGUAGUGGUGAUGAUGAUGAUAAGUACAGAGCUCCAUGGCAGAGUGUUGUGCCUUAUCACAACUUACAGGAAUAUCACGCCUUCCCCUUCCACCACCCUGUCGCCAGCCUUCCCAACACUGUCUCGAAAAAUUAUAUCCAGGGUGGCCACUCACCGGUGGUUUUAGUAGUGGACGGAGGAAGAACACGAGGAACACAGAUAGACUGGCUCAAGAAACUUCUUCGGGAAGGCAAAUAAGUCCAUUGACUCACGGCAUCACCGUCCAGAGUUCCGGCGCCUGACUUUCAACAAACUGCAGUGAAAGUUAUUGCCGUUUUCAUGAGUGCUUUCUUGAUUUCAGCAAUAGCUUCAUAGGCUCUUCUGGAAGUUACAGGGGUUUUCAGGGGUGUUUUCUUGAUUCCGUGACACUAGAUUAGCAAGCUCUACUGAAAGUUAUUAGGGUUUCCAAGGAUGUAUUCAUGAUGUUAAUGAUGAUCA